AUGAGGGAACCCAUCCUCCCUUCUCCCCACAGCGUGGGAGGGGGCUGGGAUGGGGACCCACGGUGGCAGGUGUCUGAGGUGUCCCCUCCUCGCUCCUCCAGGGUCCAUCCUGAUCUCUGCUGCCACGUGGCCCUGGCCCGUGGGCCAGGGGUCCCGGCCGGCUGGCUGGAGCUGGCUGGAGGGAGAUUGUGGAGGGAUGUGAAGCUCAACCUCCCCUGCACCCCCCUCCAGGUGCGGCACCGCCAGUCGGGGCAGAUCAUGGUGCUGAAGAUGAACAAGCUGACGAGCAACCGGGGCAACAUGCUGCGGGAGGUGCAGCUGAUGAACCGCCUCUCGCACCCCAACAUCCUCAGGUUCAUGGGGGUGUGUGUGCACCAGGGACAGCUGCACGCGCUGACGGAGUACAUCAACGGUGGGAACCUGGAGCAGCUGCUGGACAGCCCUGUGCCCCUCUCCUGGUCCACCCGUGUCAAGCUGGCCCUCGACAUCGCCCGUGGCCUCCGCUACCUGCACUCCAAGGGCAUCUUCCACCGCGACCUCACCUCCAAGAACUGCCUGGUGCGCUGCGAGGCCAAUGGCUACACCGCGGUAGGGGGGGGCUUCGGCUUGGCAGAGAAGACCCCCCCCUACAGCGAGGGCAGCGAGAAGGAGCCGCUGGCCGUGGUGGGCUCCCCAUACUGGAUGGCGCCUGAGGUGCUGCGAGGGGAGAUCUACAACGAGAAGGCCGAUGUGUUCGCGUACGGCAUCAUCCUGUGCGAGACCAUCGCUCGUGUCCCCGCGGACCCUGACUACCUGCCCCGCACCGAGGAUUUUGGUCUGGACGUCACCACUUUCCGCACCAUGGUGGGAAUUGACUGCCCAGCAGCCUUCCUCCAGCUCGCUUUCCACUGCUGCAGUAUGGAGCCCACCUCCCGUCCCUCGUUCCUGGAAAUCACGCAGUGCCUGGAGGGCAUCCUGCAGCACCAGCUGGCCGCCGAGGGCACGGGGGCCACCCUCUUCGGCAGCGGGGAAAGCCUGCCCAUGCCUGGGAUGGCGUCCACGCUCAACGGGGUACCCAGGAGGGUGGCUGGCCGUGCCGAGCAGUCGCCCCUGCGUGAGCUGGGGACGCAGCACCUGCAGCCGGACCAGCGCCUGUCCCGCAGCCAGUCCGACAUGUUCCCCCCCAAAUCGCCCACCCUGCUGCGGCCGCCGGACUGGGGGGGGGUCUCUUGA